AUAUAUUUUCCUAUUAUCCUACAAGCAAACGAAGGAAUAUUUAUUGUUUGUUUAUUUCAUCUUGGGAGUUGGCAACUGAGGCCUCUCUUUCUCUUCCUGCUAGUUUCUCUGGGAGAAGAAGAAGAAGAAAGUUUCUCUGGGAGAAGAAGAAAUUAAACAUGAAGACGGCGCUGCCAUUAAUAUUUGGCCUAAUCAUGUUUGAGAUAGCCUUAGCUCAAACAAAUACAACAACUGAUCCUUCUGAAGCCCGUAUAUUGAACUCCAUCUUCCAAAAUUGGGGGAUUUCUGCAACAAAUGAGUGGAAUAUUAGUGGUGAGUUAUGCAGUGGAGCCGCCAUUGAUUCAACUUCCAUAUUAGAUUUCAAUCCCGCCAUCAAAUGUGAUUGUUCUGCCAACAACCGUACUCUUUGUCACAUCACUGGCUUGAGAGUUUAUGCAUUGGACGUCGUGGGUGAAAUCCCAGAUGAAUUAUGGAGUCUUACUUUCCUCGAUGAUCUCAAUUUGGGCCAAAAUUACUUAACAGGCACGCUGUCCCCAUCCAUUGGCAAUUUGACUCGGAUGAAAUGGCUAACCUUUGGCAUCAAUGCUUUGUCAGGGGAGAUUCCAAAGGAACUUGGGUUGUUGACAGAGUUACUAUCAUUAAGUCUUGGCACAAACAACUUCUCCGGGCCUCUGCCUUCAGAACUUGGAAACUUAACAAAACUGACACAAAUUUAUUUCAACAGCGCUGGUGUUAGUGGACCAAUACCAUUGACGUUCGCAAGACUGCAGAACUUGGAACAAGUGUGGACUUCAGAUAAUGCUUUUACCGGGAGGAUUCCUGAUUUCAUUGGAAAUAAUUGGCGAAAGCUUAUUGUCCUGAGGUUCGAAGGAAAUGCUUUUGAGGGUCCAAUCCCAGCUUCUUUUUCCAACUUAACCUCUUUGACCGACCUGAGAAUAAGUGAUCUAUCCAAUGGGAGCUCUUCACUUGACUUUCUCAGGAAUAUGAAGUCUCUAAGCAAGCUGGUUUUACGAAAUAACAAUAUUUCAGGUUCCAUCCCAAGUAAUAUUGGAGAAUAUCAGAGUCUGUCACUACUGGAUUUGAGCUUCAACAAUUUGACUGGGCGUAUUCCAGAUGCACUUUUCAAUCUGACUUUACUGACUCACUUGUUUCUUGGUGAUAACAAGCUAACAGGCGCCCUGCCAGCUCAGAAGAUACGGUCUCUCCAGACUAUAGAUUUAUCAUACAAUGAGUUAUCUGGAAACUUCCCUUCUUGGAUCAAUGAGCAAAAUCUGCAAUUAAAUUUAGUUGCCAACAACUUCACAACAGAACAAAUAGAUCAAUCAGACAGCAGUUCUUUGCCUUCAGGGUUAAAUUGUCUUCAACGGAAUUUCCCUUGCAAUCCAGCACGUCCAAUAUAUUCUGACUUUGCAAUUAAAUGUGGAGGAGGACGUCCAAUAAGAUCUAGUGAUCAGAUAUCGUAUGAGAGGGAGAAUGAGACUCUGGGUCCAGCAACAUAUUUCAUGACUAGUACAGGGAGGUGGGCUGUUAGUAAUGCUGGUCUGCAUUCUGACCGUCCAAAUCAGAGCUUCACAAGCUUCACCUCAUCUCAGUUUACAAAUACCUUGGACUCUGAGCUCUACCAAACUGCACGAAUUUCGGCUGGAUCACUCAGAUACUAUGGCUUGGGCCUUGAGAAUGGUAAUUACACUGUGACCCUCCACUUUGCUGAGUCAGAAAUCUUAAAUCCCCCAACUUGGCGUAGUCUUGGAAGACGUGUAUUUGACAUAUAUGUACAGGGAAUUCGGCAGUUGAAAGAUUUUGACAUUAAGAGGGAGGCUGGGGGAAGAUCCCUCGCAGCUGUUCAAAGGCAAUUUAAAGCUCAGGUCUCCGAAAAUCAUCUUGAGAUACAUCUCUUUUGGGCUGGAAAAGGGACCUGCUGUGUACCUAUACAAGGCACAUAUGGACCUUCCAUAUCAGCAAUUAGUGCAACCCCAGAUUUUGUUCCCACUGUUAGCAACCAGCCUCCUACUACAAAAAAGAACCGGACUGGUCUGAUUGUGGGUAUUGUUGUUGGAGUUGGAAUCAUAAGCUUGAUUUCAUUAUUUGCUGUCUAUUACCUAAUUCAGAAAAGAAAACAGCAGAAGGCAUUGGAGGAUGAAGAGUUCAUGGGGAUAGAUACCAGACCCUACACUUUCAGCUAUUCAGAACUUCGAGCUGCAACUGGUGACUUCUCUUCUUCUAAUAAGCUUGGAGAGGGAGGUUUUGGACCAGUUUACAAGGGAACACUUGAGGAUGAGAGGGUUGUUGCUGUUAAACAACUAUCUGUGGCAUCACAUCAAGGAAAGAGUCAGUUUGUAGCAGAGAUUGCUACUAUAUCAGCUGUACAACACCGUAAUCUUGUGAAACUUUAUGGUUGCUGCAUCGAGGGGGACAGACGAUUACUUGUUUAUGAGUAUCUUGAAAACAGGAGUCUUGAUCAAGCAUUAUUUGAGAAAGGAUCUUUAUAUCUUGAUUGGCCAACACGCUUCCAGAUAUGCUUGGGAGUAGCAAAGGGUCUAGCUUAUCUUCAUGAGGAAUCUCGAGUCCGUAUUGUCCAUCGAGAUGUCAAGGCCAGUAAUAUCUUGCUUGAUGCAGACCUAAACCCUAAAAUUUCAGAUUUCGGAUUGGCAAAGCUUUAUGAUGACAAACAGACUCAUAUAAACACUCGUGUGGCAGGCACAAUAGGGUAUCUUGCACCAGAAUAUGCCAUGCGCGGACAUUUGACGGAGAAGGCUGAUGUGUUUGGCUUCGGAGUUGUAGCUCUAGAGAUUGUCAGUGGUAGACCAAACUCUGACGAGAGCUUGGAAGAAGACAAGAUCUACCUUCUUGAGUGGGCUUGGCAGCUUCAUGAGAACAAGCGGGAAACCGAGCUAGUGGAUGCAAAUUUAUCUGAAUUUGAUGUAGACGAAGUGGAAAAAGUAAUAGGGAUAGCUCUACUAUGCACUCAAACAUCUCCAGGACUACGACCCUCAAUGUCCCGUGUAAUAGCAAUGCUUACAGGUGAUGCUGAGGUUGCCGCUGUGACUUCCAGACCUGGAUACCUGACCGACUGGAAAUUUAAAGAUACAACAACCUUCAUGAGUGAUCAUUCUUCGCAAAUGCAAAAUUCAUCAGUGGGUACAAGUACAGCCGCGACUACAAAUUAUUCACCAUCAGGUCCUGACACACCAAUGCUUAGUGACAUCAUUAGAGAGGGUAGAUGAAAUCUUCUAUUUUUCAGUCAGAGAUGAAGGGAGUUAUCAGAUAAACUUUUACCCUUUUGUUUGCUUUGAAGAUUUCACCUCUCUUUAGAUUCUUUCUGCAUGUAUUAUAACCAUUUGUGUAAAGGUUUUCAUCGAUUUAAGGAAUACUUGAACUAUCUUUUGAAAGAUAGUGAUCCUUCAACGACUCAAAAAUGGCUAUGACAAAGAUUGUACACAAUAUUGAGAA